AUGACAGAAUAUUGUCAUCAUAUAGAAAAAUUAGAAGUCUCAAUGUACAAUAGUGAUGAAUUAGCAUGUGAAGCUAUUGGUCUUACAUAUCUUAUGUUAGCACAACAAGGAUUAAAGAAAUUUGUUCUUAGUGGCAACAAAUACGAAUGGCCAGAAGUUGCCAAGUCAUUUAAUAGCCAGUCAAAAACCCUUACUUGCGUUGAUUUUUGUGAUUUGGAUCUUGAUCCAGUAUGCGAUCCUUUCUUGGAAUCUAUUGCUUUAUUAAAUUGCUUGGAGAAAUUGACGUUUCGAUAUUCACCAUUUACUAAACAAAACAUGACUUCAUUAUGCGGAGCACGCUUUCCAUACUUGAAAACAUUGCGAUUUUUUUGCAGUCAUCCACCUCUGGAAUCUUUAGUGCAAUUGAUUAAUAAUGUCAAAGAUACAAUGGCAUAUUUAGCCAUUGCACCCGAAAUAUCAGAGAAUUAUGUUGAACAUGCUAAUAUUUUAAUGUAUCUUUCACUUGUGGAAACAUGUUCUGGCAUUAAA